AUGUACGGCAUCUUGCCGACAUUGCGCCGCGGUUUGGGUGGAAUGGAACUUGUGAAGAAGAUGCUGGAGAUUGCCUGCUUGCACGAAGGCAAUAACUUCCAAAGAGGUUAUGUAUACCACGCCGUGGAAAGUGAUGAGGCCUGUCGUCAAGUAUUGAUGAGCCUGGACGAAGGCCCGGGGCACAUCUUCAAGGAUAUGCUUCAGCUGUUGCAGCCAGAAGCGGCAGUGUCAGUGCUGCGGGUCAUGGAACAGUACGAUGUCAUCCUGUCCCACAAGAUCCGCUGCUACAAAGGCAAGGCUGAGGAAUCUGCCGAUGCUGUCAAGAAGCACGAAUUGAAAGCAAACAUCAAGGAAGAUGGCGAGAGCCUACUCCGGAGCCUGAUGGUAACCUUGGAGUCGUAUCGGCCUCUGUUUCGGAAAGAUGUGGUGUGCGCUGCGCACGCAAACCAAAGGUGCCAGAUGAUGCCGGACGCCGACAGCGUGCUGGGCCAGAGCGGCGGAGGACUCCGGAUUUUCAUGGCUGGCACCAGUUGCCAGGAUUGGUCCUCCAUGGGAUGCAUGCUAUCACUUGCAGGGAAAUCGGUGCUUCCAUUUGCCAUCGAGCUCCAGCUGGUGAAGCAUGAGCUGCCGCAUGUGUUCUUCCACGAAUGCACAAGGAACUUCAAUGUUAGCAUUCUGCAAGAGAACCUGCCAGAGUAUGACAUUCAUUCUUGUGUGCUGCGCCCGGCUGACCAUGGUUUCCCCAUCCACCGCCCCAGACGCUACACUGUGUGUGUGCGAAAAGACUGGCAGCUCACGGCGGACUUGAAGCAGAUGGCCUGCCUCCGUCGUGCGCCCGCCUUCGACGGCGGUAAACUCUUUUGCGCUCCGGAACCGUUGGUCCAAUACUCAGAUCAGCAAAUUCGCCUACAGAAAAGGCGCCUGGGCAACGGUAACUUUUACGAUCUCCUGCCAGCAGCACGCAAGGCGCGUUGCGCUGUGGUGCGUGGGUCUAUAUAUUCUCGGUUGCCCUGA